GUGAAUAUUCGCGUUCCGGAGUCGCAACCAGUGCCACGGACGAAGUUUUUCCAGAGACUCUUACAUUCGCUCGCGUUUCGAAUAACGCACGAUAUUGUGUCCGAAGUGAUUGUUGACGAUAACUUAUGACGUGUAUGCCACCUCGUUCAGUCUACGGCAUGUUUGCCACCUUUACACCAGCCAACUAGAAACGAUGCACGAAAUGGCCGAUUGAAGUGGCCAAAAUGGCAGGCCUGUACCUGUUGGGGUUGCUGGCCUGCGCUGUCCCUCUGGCAUCCUUUCAACCCCCUCGACCCCUUCUUGUUCUUGCCGAAACCUGUUACUAUCCCAUUAAUAUGACUUACAUCGCCAGCGAGUUGAAAACUUUGAAUAUUUCUGUUGAUGUGCUUGGGAAAAAAGACACAUGCGAGAGCCAUCAGAAACUUCUACACGUUCUGUCGUCAUCAGCUAGUUCGGGCCCGGUGGUUGGCUCUUUUCAUCCAGAAAUUUGUACUUCUGCCAAACAGAUCGCUGAUUAUUUUAAUACUUCGCUCCGCUCAUGGAAUUGCCCAACCCCAUUCAAGAACGAUAUCAGAACAGAACCGAGUCCGUGGGUGACCGAAAUCGCCUCUGGAUUUGCCAGGGUGGUGGCGGACAUGAAGUGGAAGUCUGUCGCAAUAAUUACCACUGCGACUGGCUGGUGGCCGAGUCUUUCACAAAGUCUGGAACUGGAGCUGAGGGACCUGGAAAUUGUUCCAAAACACUCGUUUUUAUUCGAAAAGAACGCGCCCCAAAGGCAUAUCGAGAUGAAGCUACAGGCACUAAAGAAAAGACCUUGCCGAGCUGUCGUCUUUUGUACGCCAUCAAACGAAAUAGGUCUGACCGUCUUUCAGGCAGCCACAAAGCUCAACUUAUCCCUGGAUAACACCCUAUUCAUUUUCCUGGACAUCCUGAGUCUGCCCUCGUGGAAAAAUCAUUUACAAGGGCUUAAGGACGUUAAUUAUACGACAGGCGUGAACUUGAUAUCGCAGGACAUGUUGUUGUUCGUCGAAAACGGCAUUCUGGCGUUAACUUCCGAGGAUCGUCUCGUAAAAAACGUUCGCGAAACUUUCGAAAUGAUGUCGUUUUCUCGGUCCCGGAGUAGUCCGGAGUUCGUGUUAGUAGAAAUUCUUACGAACGCAUCGUUGCGCCCUCUGAUGAGGAUUUAUGAAUCUAACUCGAGUGUUUUUCGUACGGAAACCGUGUUCGGAAACUUUGAAGAGUGGUGGGUGACUCAUAAACAAUUAGACGAAUGCGACGUGUUUUGCAAGUUUUCGCAGGACAAUUUAUUUAGUGCGUGGGUGUACUGGGUGAUAUCGUGUUCAGUUUUGUUGGUAUUUUUCAUUUUGGGCACGGUCGCCGUCAUAAGAUACAGAUUGCUCAAGAAACGGACUUCCAAAGCUCCAUAUAAAGUGCUACUGGCGGCUUCCGAUUUCACUUUUCCUCAAUUAGCGGAUAAUCUCAGGGUAGAUGAAGGCAUCGAAGCCAUGCUAUGUUGUUGGCUGCAGCAGCUGCAAGAAUUCGGCGGGCCCGAAGUCGAAAAGCCGGACCUGUUGCAGAACUCUGGAGGAGCCUCGGCUCGGACGCCGCUCAGGACCGGCUCCAGUCCGAAUUUGGCCAAGCAGGUCAUCGUCGAUCCACGGGUGAGAUACCACGGUGAUUUGGUCCAAAUGAAACCUGUUCCUUCGAAUGGUAGUAUCGAACUCAAAGCCAAGUCUAUAGAACUACUUGUGGUGCUCCACGGAUUACGUCAUGAAAACCUAAAUCCUUUAAUAGGUGUCCUGGCAGAACCACCAAGAGCAUUUCUAGUCUCGGAAUAUUGCGCCAGAGGUUCCCUACAAGACGUACUUCAGCAGGACGAUAUCAAGCUGGACUGGUCGUUCCGCCUAAGUUUAUUGACUGAUCUUGUUAGGGGCAUGAAGUACCUUCAUUCGACGCAGAUUCGCGUUCACGGCUACUUGACAUCGAGAAAUUGCGUUAUUGACGCCAGAUGGGUCCUAAAAGUGGCGGAUUAUGGCUUGCCGGCAUUUUAUGAAGCUCAAGGUAUCCAGCCGUCGGCUAAAACUGCCAGAGAACUUCUAUGGACCUCUCCAGAGCUUCUCCGUUAUAGCAACUUAAGGAAAAAGGGAACACAGCCUGGAGAUGUGUAUUCUUUCGGAAUAAUUCUUCAAGAAGUCGUCGUCAGGGGAGAACCGUUUUGUAUGUUAGCUUUGACUCCAGAAGAAAUAAUAGAAAAAGUGAAACACCCUCCGCCCCUAAUAAGACCCUCAGUCAGUAAAGGGGCAGCUCCACCGGAAGCGAUCAACAUCAUGCGUCAGUGCUGGGCGGAACAGGCGGAAAUGCGUCCGGAUUUCAAUGCGGUCCACGACCAAUUCAAAAAAUUAAAUCACGGACGAAAAGUGAACAUUGUCGAUACGAUGUUUCAGAUGUUGGAAAAGUAUUCCAACAAUUUGGAGGAGCUUAUACGCGAGAGGACCGAACAGCUUGAUAUUGAGAAAAAGAAGACUGAACAACUUUUGAAUAGGAUGUUGCCGAGUUAUGUUGCCGAAAAGUUGAAAUUAGGAAUGCCGGUCGAUCCUGAAGAGUACGAAGAAGUGACAAUAUAUUUUUCCGAUAUUGUGGGUUUUACUACGAUAUCGGCUCAUUCGACACCAUUUCAGGUUGUAGAUUUGCUCAACGAUCUGUACACCUGUUUCGAUGCCACGAUAAAUGCAUACAACGUCUAUAAGGUGGAGACGAUCGGGGAUGCGUACAUGGUAGUAGGAGGGUUGCCAGUCAGGAUUCCGGAUCACGCUGAACAGAUUGCUACAAUGGCUCUCGACCUUCUACAUCAAAGUGGCAAGUUUCGCAUCAGACAUCUACCAGGCACCCCGCUCAGAUUGAGAAUAGGACUCCACACCGGCCCUUGCUGCGCGGGGGUGGUGGGCCUGACGAUGCCCAGAUAUUGCCUUUUCGGCGAUACGGUGAACACCGCUUCGAGGAUGGAAUCGACAGGUGCCGCCUGGCGAAUUCACAUGUCGGAAACGACGAAAAACAGGCUGGCCAAAGCCAGCGGAUAUCAUAUUGAAUCGCGUGGUCCUACGGAAAUCAAAGGGAAAGGACCUAUGAAUACUUAUUGGCUACUCGGUAGGGAAGGUUUUCAUAAGGAUUUACCAGUUCCGCCAUCUAUCGAUUUAGACGAAAGCCUCAUCAUCAACACUCUCUCAUCAACAACUAUUCCAGCGGUUAAAGAAGAUUCUUUUACCGACUCAAUUUCGUUGGAAUCUUCCACGAGGCACAUGAGCAUCAGCGAAUGCCCCACGAAGACGCCGAGUCCGAAUCCUACCUUCAUCAAGACGAUGGAAUGCUCAAAGUUCGCUACUUUGACCCGGAUGCAUCACGAUGAUAAAUCAUCUGACCGCAUAGUGAAGAGCACCUCCAGCGACAUGCCCCUAAUUCUCGGCACACCUGUUUCAGCUUCGGAAGUUGCAGCCGCCUUACUUGGAGCGUCGACGAGCUCUUUGUGUCCUUACAGAAGGGGACCUCGAUCUACCUCUAAAAUAAAGGAAGAAGGCGAAGAUAUUAGUACCCCGUACAGUCACUACAAAUGCCUCAGUCCCAAAGUGAGAACAGGGAAACUUCUUAGAAGACAGUUUAGCUUGGAUAGGGCAGAAGAAGUUUUGAAAAUAGUUGAGCCAAGUCCUCGACUAUGUAAGCAAAACUCGGCUGGAGCGGCAGAUUUGGAAAAAAUCGAAGAAAUACCCUUGCGGAUUCCAUCUUCAACACCUUCUGUAUCUUCACAGAUUCAUGGUCAACUUUCAGCAUCUGCUAAUUCACUCAUACGAUAGACAUAUGUUCAUAUGUAUUUUUAGUUUAUUUUCUUUUUUUUUUGAAUAAUACAAUAAGCACAAAAUAUUUUUGAGUAAGUACAAAGUAGUUUUGUUCUUGUUGUCCAUUUAUCAAGGCAGAAAAAAAAAUGCAUAUGACAUCUACCAUUUAAUUAAUAAAAAAUCUGUCAAUAAAUAAUAGUUAAGUUUUCUAUUGAUAGACAAAAUAUUUUUUCACUAUUUGUUAUGUAGUUGCAAAUUUUUUAAAUUUAGGAUUUUUUCGAAAUUUAUGAAAAAGUUCUGUCCUCCUUCUUCUCCCACAUUAAAACGAAAAGCAAUUUUAAUAAAAAUUACGUGUCCUUUUAACAAGACUUAGAAAUUUUACACUUUUGAUGUGUUUUUUCACCGUACAUAUUCAUGUAGUAAAAUUUCAUUACGUGUAUAGUGUGCUUAGACUUAUAAGAAUGAAAUGUUUCGAAUUUAUAUCACUGUCGAUCUUUAUAUUGAAAAAAAAAGAGCAAAAUAAGCUCAGAAUUACUGAAUAGAACUGAAUGUGUAGCAUUGUUGUGAUUUUGAGAAUUUUUAAUUAAAUGUUAUUGAUUUUGUAGGGGUAGAAUUUAUUAUGGUUUUAAUUUUGAAUCAAAAUAUUCAUAGACAUUUUACCUCAUUGUAACUGUUUUUCUAAUUCAAGACAUUUUUUUUUAUAUAACUAUUAUAUAAAUUUGUUUGUAGGUUCUAGUCGUAAAAAAGCUUUAAAAACUUUAUAGAUAUCUGUCAAAAAACUUUUUCAGUCCAAUAUUGAAACCCCUUAAAAAAAAAAAAAAACGUUAGUAGACAAUCCCAGAGUCGUUAAGAUUACAUAACAGACUAUAAAAACUCUAAAAAAAUACGAUGGAUGUUAAUAAUUGUAAGAUCUAUCUAUAUACUUGUUGUUAUAGCGAUGAUUUCGUAAAACAAAAAAAAAAAGGUUUAUGAAUGUUUUUCUAAUCAACUUUAGAAUUUCAUUGUAAAUAAAGCACAUUUAAAUGUAAAUAUUUUCAGUGGCUUAAUUUGAUUUCCCGAUAUUUAAAUAAAGCAGUCCUAGACUGCUGAUUCUUUUUAAUUGGACUUGCCACGCUUUUUCGGUGAUUAAAAGUUGGAA